UGUAGCCCAGUUUAGAGCUCUGCGACCAGACACAUCAGCCUCCAGCGGUCUCCAGCGAUCAGAGACCGGCCUCUGGACAUCAGGCAGUGGAGGAACCAGCCGACAAGCCACGGGGGAUAAUGAGAAGAUCUCUUUUUAUUCUGCUUUCAGUUUGUUUAGAAAUACGGGCUUCAUUAAUUUGACAGCAGAUGAUAGAACAGCUGAAAUACUAAUUCCCCCGAGCGUCAUGCUGCUGGAAUAGGCACACGCUGUUGUUUCUUGAUGCUGUCAGAGUGGUGGUGUCUCAGCCGGGGUCCUGUAGGAUGCCAUGCAAUCCUUUAGGAAGUGACUCUCGCGGCGUGACAGGCAACAAUUUCCAACAGAGGCAAAGGACGUAGUCUCUGUCCUGCGCAUCUUUUCGCUUUAAACACGCGAGCACGAUGGACGAAAGCGCUGCCAGCGAGACCAUCCCAGAUCUGAAAGACAUAGAGGUGAAGAUUGGCCGGAAGACCCCCGAGGGUUUGCUCAGGUGGAUGCGGGACGAGGCGUCCUCUCUGCGUGGAGACUCCAAGCUGAGCACCGCGCACGACACCAUCAAGGAGACGGGGAAGAAGAGUCUGGAUGAAAAGAUUAGGAAAUUGAAGAUGGAAAUGGCUCACUUGCGCUCGGUGGACGUGAAGAUCUUGCAGCAGUUGCUGGCGGUCCACGAAGGCAUCGAGGCAGUGAAAUGGCUGCUGGAGGAGCGCAGCACACUGACGAGCCGCUGCAGCAGCCUAACCAGUAGCCAGUACAGCCUGGGCGAGGGCCCCGACACCUCCUGGAGAGGCUCCUGGAGCAGCCUGCAGGACCCCAACGACAAGCUGGACAACAUCUCCAUCGGCAGCUACCUGGACACCUUGGCGGACGACAUGGAUGAGUACUGCCCCUCCAGCUCGGAGUCGGUCAUCUGCUCCACCACGCUGCAGGUCUCAGAGGGUGCUGCUGGGGGCCGGAUAGGGGGAGGCCCCAGGGCCACGGUCACAGCAGCUGGAACAGCAGCUGGGGUAGGGGUGAGGUCUGGUAGCGGGGCUGGAAGCGGGAUUCGGGCUGGGGCAAAGGAAAAUGGAACUGGGAUUGGGAAUGGGAUGGAAGUGAAAGGUGGACCAGGUACCGGGGUUGCCAGUGCUAUCACUGGCACUGGGAUUACUGGGAGUGGAACAGGGACACCAGCUAUACCUGUCAGCUCUCCUCAAGCCAAGUCUGAGGGCCCCAAGCAAGACGUUCCGGUCUGGACCAAGGCAGCAGAGAUGGGGAAAGGAAGCCCCAUUUCUAAGACUAACACCCAGACACAAGCUGUGAAGGCUAAUGGCGUCCUGGACAAACCUGCCAUGCAAACAGGCAGCCCGACCCGCCCCAGCCUCAACGACAAACUGGGAACCAGCCAGAGCCCCAAGCUCAAACCUUACAAGAACGGAAAGAUCGACUUGGAUACUUGCAAAAUGAACGGCAAAAUGCAUCUGGAGUACGACGCGCACUGGCGCUGGGUGCAGUCGCAAGAAGAUGUGACGUUUUUGUAAGGAGGAUAAUAACAGAGGGGACUAAAGCCACUAUUGAACGCUCCCUCUGUAUCAAGGAAGACCAGAUCGGCGAAGGACAGAAGAAGAGCAAACUGCUGUUUGUGAAAUGCACAUAGUGAGGCUCCGCUCGUUGAAUGACACUGGCUUUGAAAGACAAAGAGUGACUCUUUCUUGUCCUGUUGUUCCCUCCUGUGACUGCACUAACUUUCUAUAAAACACUGAUGUCAGUACAGUACGGUGGAUGCACAUUACAGGAUUAUGACCAUAUUUAGCCAAACCGGGCUGCCUCAAACAAACUUAGGAAAAUCAGUUUUAAAAUCCUGUGUCAUACUUUUUCUCAGGGUCUUUCUUGGCAUUCCCUGAUUUUUUUCUCUUUACUUUUCUAAAGCACAGUGAGAUGAUCUGCCGGAGAGCUGAAACGUGAUUUCAGAUUGCCUGACAUUGUACACCAACCGGUGUAAUUAGAAGAUUUUAAUUGUAAUUUUAUUCCAGAAAAAGUAUUCCCAUAAAAUACAACUCCUCUACUUACACUGAAUGUAUAGUUAAAACCUAGGGGCACAAAAACUAUUUUUGCCCCCCCCCCUUAACGAAUAUUGCUCUUAAUUACUUCAUCCAUCCUGUGGUGGACCCUCCACAAUCAUCUCCACCUUAAGCUCCACUAACAGUGCCGAUAGAAGCUGUUGUAGUGCGGUUAAGUUAGUAGAAGACCAAAUUUUUCCCCUAUCGACCCACAAAUUAAAUUUAUUGUAUAAACCCUUCGACUUAGACGACACACCCCAACACUUAAUGGCUGUAGACAGUAUUACUUGAUAAAGUAGAGACACAGUAAAGACAUAAAACAUAAAAUAUAAAACACCUUUUGAUAAAGUCUUUCUCCCUGAACUCGUAGCUUGCCUGAACAAAAAGUAGAGGAUAUGAAAAUAGAAGUCAGAGCAACGAGGUUAGCAAACCUUUCCCCCAUUGAGAAGUAAUGCACCCACUGUUAGCAUUUGUGUCUUUGUGGAGCUAAUACCGUCAGUGCUUAACCAAGCGUCUGCAAUAUUGUAUAUUCUCUGAAUCACAAUACAGCUACUCUGUGCAUCAGGUACUAGUCGUGACUGGUUGUAGGCAAAUACUGUGUAUGGGUGAAUUUUCCUCUUUUCUUCUGAACUCUUAUGGUAACCUGUGGACGUUUUUUCAAAGCAGAUGUUGUGCCUGAUCGGUGUAAACCUUAACGACAUAUGCCUGUGCGUUCCCUCCAGAGAUGAGUGCACUGUUGUUAUGAUAAUCUGAGCUUUCUGACUGAUUAUUUUUCUGUUAUUUUUGCCUCUUCUUGGCCUCUGCUUGCGUGUACAAAUGGCUAGACAAACAGUCUGUGUGCUCUCACCAUGUGAGUGUUGACUGGUAAGUGUGUUAUGUUGGCUGCGUGGAUGUUGCAUGCCCUGUGCUGAGAGCUUUAUUGGUUAAAUUGUGAGAAAUGCGUGGAAGACAUAACACAAUCAGAGAAGAAAAGCAAUAUUUCUUGAAGCCUUUCUGCUGGCUUACGUAAGCGGCCUCUUCUCAGCAAAUGAAAUCUAAUAUUAUUGUCUGUUCUUCAGGAGUUUCCAAGACUACUGACAGGGAGAGAAUGUAUGUGUGUGUGUGUGUGUGUGUGUGUGUGUGUGAGAGAGAGAGAGAGACAGAUGUCGAUUGGCUGCCUGAGCACAGCUGGCCUGUCAAACGUUCGGAUAAGAAUAGAUGAGUCCCAAAGGUUUUCAACUCAUUCAUCACAGCGUUACUACAUCUCCCCCCAGACCGCAGUUAGUCAAGUUAAUGCUGCCGGGAGAGUGCAACGCUUGUGAUAAACAGAGGGGAGCGUGUUACAUAAUCGGUAUCUGCGUAUGCUAUAGUACACCUUGUCGCAGAAAAGCUCCUUGCAAAGGGCUUGGCUUUCCCUCUCAUCUACCCUUUACAGCCUUCUGCAAAAGAUGACACUGGAGUCAGCGUGCGGUAUAAUCAUGCACUUCCCUCGAAUCGUCGCAGGGCUGAAAUUCUGCAGUGUCCUCUUAGUGCUGGGAAUUGUUGGAAACUUUUCAGCGCUCGCGGUGAUAGACUAUAUGAGGUUUUCACGACUCUGUAUGGACACGUUUCAACACCCAGUCCUGUCCCUUUGCAUCCUAAAAGUCUUGGUUUUUCCUACAUUUCACGCAUUGCAACAAAGAUAUUUUUUACAAUUAUUUUGAACAACCCAAUUGACCGUUCGCUAAGUCCCAAACCCACUGUGUUCUCACACAGGACACAGCCUAUAUGCAUUUAAUGUGGCAGAUUCACAACUUGAAAUUCAUACUAAUGUUUUAAUGAAUGGGCCCCUGAUUUCAGACAGAGGUCAGGCUAGAGGGAGGCAAACAGUGGAGGUUCCAGGUGUGAACAGGUCUUUUAAUGGCCCCACAAUCUCUAGCCUGAUGAUAUGCUGCCUCUUUGCCUUGGAAGUAACUAGGCUGCCUCUUAAGAUAGUUAGUCGGACAUGCUAACGAUCGGAUGAAUGGAUGAACAUGCUGUUUAAUCCAGCCUUGCAUUUUUACACUUACUGCUCCAGAGCCUGACAGGCCUUGAGUUCAGGAGAGGGUUUUAGUGAACAGUCACUCUUUCGCUACAUGUGAGGAGUUAACUUAUGGACUGCUGCUUGCACUGAUACAGUAUCGGCUCCAGCCAGACCAUCUUCGAUCUGUUCACAUUCUGUCUUUAUAUUCAGCUGGAAUGGGGUGUUAAACUCAGCAUCUCCAUUUGUUUGAGCCACUGAAGUGCUUCCUCUCUCCUCCUCCUGCCUUUCUUUUCAUCCUGCUUUCCACCACCACCACACUGGUUCGAUGGAAAUGUAAAAUCCGUGCCAACACACACAUCAUGCGCACACAAUGCCCUCUCGCUGGAGACAGCACCAUAAAGCCGGCACCACAGAAACAGGGACCGUAGGCCAGUCCUGGAGACAGGAAAGGAAAACUCUGCUCAAACUGGACCUUGAGCUCUUGGACGAGUUGGAAAACGUGUCCCCCUGUUUCUCUUUCCCCCUAAAUCUUUCUGAACACAAAAAGAAUCCAUCCAUCACUGGAUAUAUAUUUUACUCAUGGUGUGAUAUCCAGCCCUAUAGUCAUGAAGUCAUUUUAAACCUCCUUCCCUUUUUAACAUAUGUGUUGGCUGUAAAACAAUACUGCAUGCCAAAGAAACUGUCUGCUCGGCUAGUUUGUGGGUUUUUUUUCCAAAUGAGCUGAGCCAUAUGGGGAAAAAAUACAUUUUAGUGCAGGGAACAAACCUGUAAAAGAUAUUACAUGAAGCUAUAGUGUGUCUUUCUGAAGCUAUACUGUAGCCCAUGAUGUUGUAAUGUGUUUUCAGUGGGAAAAUUCAGUUUAAAACUGGAGUCUGAACAUUGUUUUAAACCAUUCACUGGCAGACAUUUAAUGGGUGCUGACAGUGCCAGGGGAAAUCGCUUGUGGCUUGAUUGUUUUUGAAAGAGGGAUAAUAACUGCUGUGUGCAUGGAUAAGAAUGGAAGUGUCACUGACUGGCACACUUGUGGAAAAUACCUUUAGCUGAAAGCCUCUUCUCACUUUCCAGAUUUGUUUGCAUAUGGAAGCAAACGCAACGCUAAAAUCCUUCUGUUUCUGUCCUUUUAUGAUGUCCAGGAUCUAUCGGAUGCCCGGCGCGCGAUGUGUUUGCUUUGGCUGCAGGUGCCAGGCAGCCUCCAGCUAUUCUGGGCGCAAGACAAACAGCGUGAUUACAUAGACGAGUGGAUAUCCACGCGGUUGCCCUGACAAUUAGACGGAGCAGGCUUCAGCUCUAGUGGCUGCAUAAAACAGCGUUGACUCUAAUGCCAGCGGCUGCAUAGCACUACUGUUUGAAUGAUGAGGGGUGAGAUGAGAGGGAUGAUAAGACAGCUGGUGAUGCGUUUGAACAGAGUCAGAAAAAGAACCACUAAAAUGAUGUUCAACACCUUUACAGGCUGUUUUGUAAUGAAUCCUGAUUACAUUUUCAGGUACCUCUUCCAAAUAAGGCACGCUUUAAAAAAGGUUAAACUAAUGAUUCUAUUAAUGGUUAAUUCUUUUCUUCUAAUUUGCUUAUGUUUAAUUGUUAACAUUAACAACAGCAAAAGUUGGGAAUCAAGAAGUUUGAUUCUUCUAUACAUGACAAAGAGAUGAUUUUGGGCUCAAAACAGACUUUUACAUACUCUAAUUUAGAAAAGAGAUUUUAAAGGGAGAGAUGAACAGCACCCAUGUUUAAAAAUAAAGAGGCAGCCAUUCAGAUGAUAAAUAAAAUGGUUACUCUGUCUGUUGUAUCAGGAAUUCAGCAUUUUAAGUUUUUCAUUUUCAUUGCAGCACAACCACAUACAGUAACUCACUGUACGUAUAGUCAUUGCUGACACCGUCUUUUCUUCACACACUGCUCUGUUCUGCGUUAGUAUACAGCUCAGCCACCCUCUCUGUGAGCCACCUGAAAGGCUGUCAGAACCCCUUUGCCUGCAAGUUUUGGCCAUUUUGGAGAAGGCGAACGGACGGUUUUGUCUCCCUGGAGGCAGAACAGAAGGCUAAACUGAGGGCUGAGCAGCGUAGCACACAGCAUGCAGCUAACAGGAAGCCUCCACUCCCGGUGUCCUGCUGUUUUCUUCCUUCCUCUCGUACAUACACAAACACACAUGAGCACAAUUUAUCCCUGGACUGACGAGGGGUCUCUCAGUACCUUACAGCUACUCAAAGAGAGCCAUUAAGCAUUUCCUUUCCUUGAAGCUUAUUUAUACUUAUUUUAUACUUUGUGUGUUUUGUUCACAUCCCAAACUGCUCAAAGAAAUGGAGGCGAAUGAAAUAAACCCCACUGAGCGCACACUGGGCUCUGAACCGGGUCCAGAACUCAACAACACAAAGCUUAGAGGACUGAAUGCUAAAAGCCACAGAGACCGACUGCAGUUCACUGGAUCAGUCGAAUCAAUAUCUCGCCUGAGUGAGUGGAGUCGUUUUUAUGUCCGUGGUACGAUGCAUUUUUAUUGUUUUGUUAUGCAAUGUGGCCACAGAAAAAUGUUAUUUUUUCUUUGUAAAGUGGAAAUGUUCAAGAAAUAACUGAUUA